AUGGUAGAACGCGUUGACGCAGAUAACAAGUCGAAUCAUCAAUUGAUGGCUAAACCACAAUUUGUUAACCAAUCGAUAACUCCCAAUAUUGAAGAACAUCAAGAUAAAGAUGCUCCAAUAAUAGAAAUUGCAACAUACUCAGAUACAGAUGUAUUUGAAUGUUAUGUUCGGGGUUUUGAAGUAAAUAUAGUUAUGAGAAGAACGCGUGAUGAUUGGGUUAACAUUACACAAAUAUUUAAAGUUGCUAAAUUUUCCAAAGCUCAAAGAACAAAAGUACUCGAAAAGGAGUCAUUAACUAUGCCACAUGAAAAGAUCCAAGGUGGUUAUGGUAGGUUUCAAGGGACGUGGGCACCUUUACAAUCUGCAAUAUUAUUGGCAGAAAAAUAUAAUAUUACGGAUCCUGUUGUAACUCAGAUACUGAUGUUCCACUUUGACCCAAAUAAUCCACCAAGAAGAAGAAGUAGGAAUAGUGUUCUUAGACGAUCAUCUCCUGGGGUUAAAAUAACUUCUCCAUCAAGUUAUAACAAAACCCCAAAGAAAAGGGGUACUGGUAGUACUUCCAAGAGCAAAAAAAAUAAGCAAUCUUUACAUAACCCUAGUCCACUCCAAAAUGUCGCUUUUCAGACCCCGCAACAACAUUUUAUGAAUUCAAUUGACUAUAGCACCAAUGCAAAUAAGAAUAUCAAUUUAUCUAUGCAAAAUGGUAUUGGGAAUAUUCCUACAAUAACAGGACCUUAUUCUGCUACACAGAAGCCUCUCCAAUUCUAUCCAAUACCGACAAAUACAAUUAACACCAUUAUUCCAAACAUGAGGCAGGACGCAAACCAAUCGUUCAAUCAUAAUGCUACGAACCAAUCUCAUGCAAUAAUCCAGGCCAGGGAACAUAUGGCUAUUCAAGGAAAUUUUCAUAAUAUAAAUGGUGAUACUUCUGUUUUGAAUAAUGGAAUGGACAUAGAUGGAAACAAUAGUUUACAGAUGGUUAAUGAAACUAUUGAUAGUAUAAGGCCAGUUGCUAUGGCUAGUAAAAAGAAGUCUCAAAGUAAAACUCAGCGAUCUCGCCAUAAGAUUGACUCCUACAAAGACAAUAAUGUUAUUGGUGCCUUCGGUAAUAGUAAUAGACAUAUAAAUAAUAGUACUAACAAUAAUUAUUCAACUGGAUCAAAUAUGGAUAUGUUUUCUUCAAAUGAGAAUGGAACUCCACUAUCGUCACGUUCAAACUCAUCUCAAUAUAUUGAAAAUGAUGAUGGUUUUAAUAGUAAUGACGAUAAUACGAUUGAGACAUUAAAUGCUACUGAUUAUAAAGAGGCUCUUUUACAGGUAUUGGCAACAGAAAACACUGAUAAACAAACAGAGAAAUUAAUUUCUAAAUUAUACUACCCUCCAUCGGAUUUUGAUAUUAACUUUAUUAUUGAUGAUCAAGGACAUACAGCUCUCCAUUGGGCAACAGCUCUCGCAAACGUACCGUUAGUAAAGUUAUUGACGGAAACAAAUGCAAAUCUUACAAUAUACAACAAGCUGGGUAUAAACUGUGUUACGAAAGCAGUAUUCUAUAAUAACUGUUACAAAAAGCAAGUAUUUUUAGAGGUUAUAAAACUUUUAAAAGAGUGUCUCAUAACUCCGGAUGCAAACAGAAGACUUCCGAUUCAUUAUCUGGUGGAAUUAAGUGUCAACCCAACAAAGGACCAGAAAAUAAUUUCAUCUUAUAUAGACACCAUCUUAACAAGUUUGGGUCAGGAGAAUCCUGAGCUUUUGAAGUCUUGUCUAGACUUCCAGGAUAAUAUGGGUAACACAGCCCUUCAUCUAGCCGCUUUAAACCUUAACGUAACUUUAUGGAACAGAUUGAGUUCAUUAGGGGCAUCUAUGGAUAUUGUCAAUGGGGAUAAUGAGACUCCUGUUUCUAUUUUGAAUAAAUUUAACUUUGUCCCUCCUUCAAACAGUCGAUCUUUACAUGAUAUUGACAAACAAUCAGAUGUUGAUACUAGCAAGAACACUUCUAAAAAAAGUAUUAAAGAAACUUAUAUGGAUGUUGGUCAAGUUACGAUGUCAGAAACAUCUGAAAGUUCCGACACUUUAAAUACCAAAGUGAGAAGUGUUAAGAAAAAUAGAAUAAAUGAUAGCUCAGCACAAAAAAUUAAGAAAAAUAAAUUAUCUAAAACUCCAGGGCUAGAUAAAAGUCCAGCUAAUAUCAAUCAUAUCCUAGAUGAUAUCGCAUCUUUAGAUUCACUCGUGACAUCUUCUGUCUUGAAGAAGCCUAAUGCACAUGCUUCGACUACAUUACAACAAUCUCCUGUUAUAUAUAGAAAACGGAUGACUGAUCUUCAGAAUUCUAUCAUUGUGAAGAGUCCAGGUUCAAAACUUAUCCAUUCACCUAUUGGUAUACUACAAGAUAUGGAUUUAUUCGAGAAGGUUAUCGAUAUACCUCGUUUACCACCUAACUCGAAAAUAUCUGGAUUGUUGGCAAAAUUAAAAAACUCUAGUAAAGAAUUUUCAUCAUCAUUGACAAACACAAUUGACGAUCUAACAUGUAGCAUUCGUGAUACAGAACUGGGGAUAAAAGAAACGAUAGAGAGAAUCCAGCUACUUGAAAAUCAAAAAGAAGAAGUGUUAGAUACAUUAGUUGACAUCGAGAUGCACCCUCUGGAUUUGAAAACUGUUGAUGAGGUGAAGGAGAAGGUCGAUGAUCUAAAUAAACAGAUAGACGUAGGCAAAGUAACAUGUGUUCAAUACACUGAAAAAUCCCAAGCGUUGAAGCUAGCAACUUUGGUCCAAGAUGAAGAGGCUUCUCUCGCUCCAAUGACAAACAAUUCACCAGUCGAAUCUUCAUCAGAAGUAGGUAUCUCACAAUCAUGUAAGUUAUUGGUCGAACUGACACUACUACAACUAAAGAGACGUUCGUGUAUCGACAAGAUUACAGAAAUUAAGGUGGAAUUAAAUUCGACAGAAAAACUAAACAAGUAUAGAUACCUAAUUGGUAUGACUAUAGAUGACAUUGAAACCAAGUUGGAAGCUAUCGAAAACGAUCUGCAGGCAAAUCCGUAA